AUUCUUUGGUUUUUGACGUCAUGUCCAAGGUUAGAAGCCAUUGGAAUACAACUAAACAAAGUAGUGUAACGUUUAUUAAUUUGUUAUGUGUAAUACUUUCCGUAUUGUUAUUUGAUUUUUAAACUGAAAACAGAUUGAAUUUUAAAUCGGGGUUCCUGUCACAAAAAUAUAAUGGAUUCCGUAGAAGGGUGUGAAAAUGAAGGUAGUCCUUGGGGUAACUCCAGUCCAGGUAUAGAUGACGAAAGAAAGGUGGUUCAUCAAAAGAUAGAAAAGAAAAAUAAUGUCUUGCCGUUAUGGGGUAAUGAAAGAACAAUGAACCUAAAUCCAAUGAUUUUAACAAACAUUCAGUCUUCCCAUUAUUUUAAAGUGAACUUGUAUGAACUGAAAACUUACCAUGAGGUUAUAGAUGAGAUUUACUACAAAGUGACACACCUGGAACCAUGGGAGAAAGGAAGUCGGAAGACUGCCGGACAAACAGGCAUGUGCGGAGGUGUCAGGGGUGUGGGUGCUGGAGGCAUCGUUUCCACUGCCUUUUGCCUGCUGUAUAAACUGUUUACCCUCAAGUUGACAAGAAAGCAGGUAAAUGGGCUACUCACCCAUCCAGAUUCGCCUUAUAUUCGAGGUCUGGGUUUUAUGUACAUCAGGUACACUCAGCCUCCAGCAGAUCUUUGGGACUGGUAUGAUGCUUACUUAGAAGACCCUGAGGAAAUGGAUGUGAAGGCAGGAGGUGGUCAGGUGAUGACAAUCGGUGAAAUGCUUCGUGCAUUCCUCACUAAACUAGAAUGGUUCUCCUCACUGUUUCCUCGGAUACCUGUCCCAAUCCAGCAGAAGCUUGAGAAGAAACUUAAUGAGCGCUUCCCACCAGUGGUUGCUCCAGUACGCCAGCCAAAACCAGUUUUGCAGCAGCCACAACCAGUCAAGGAGGCCCGUCACAUUCCAGAUGAAGAAGUCUCAUUUGGUGAGGCUGAACGUUUCUCACGUCUGCGGAGAGCUGAUGGAGUUGGGGGCACAGCUGCAGCAUUACCAGGCCGUGGUGCAGAGAGGGAUCGUCGGCGAACUCCAGAGAGAGAUCACAAGAGAGGACAUAGUUCAGAAGUGUCACGUAGCCGUGGUUAUAGCAGAGAGAAAAGAGGUUACAGUAAGGAUAGGAGUCCAGCCCAGUACAAGAGCAAUAGCCAGCGUAGGAGUCGAGACAGGAGUCCAGUUCGCUAUAGAAAUAGGAGCAGAGAAAGAAGCCCUGCACGCUUCAGGGGAAGUCCAGCACACAAAGACAGAAGUCCGCGUCAUAGAGACAAAGAACACAGACAGAAGUCAAGGGAUCACAAGGACAGGUAGGUAAAGUAUCUGACAUGUUAAUAAGCUUAUUUACUUCUGUACUAUCCACCUAUCUCCCCUUUCUCUGUAUUAGUGUAUACAUUUUACCAUUUUCAUACUUAUGACCUUGUAACACUUCAACUCAAUUAACCUCUGCGCGCGGAUGAACGUAAAAAUUCGUGAGGCAUAAAUACCCCCUUGUGGAUAUCGGUGCAGUGUACGGGCGGCUGCAAGCUUAAUUUUUGUAGCCCAUAACUUUUUAACGAAUAACGCCAGCGGAAUGCGGUUUGCACU